AUGGCAUCAAAUCCUGGAACAGAUCGCUAUCGCCCGCGUUACGGAGAUGAUGAAGGACCUCCAGCAGCUCCGGCAGAUGUUCGAAAGGUCAUGUAUGAAUUUCAAGGCAACCGAGGGCAAGGUCAUGGCCGUGCAACUACAGGGGGCGAGUUCACAUUUCGCCAAGGACCGCGUCCAAGAAUCUCAGACCGACCUCUACUAACCGAAAGACAAGCAUUAUCUCCAGACCCCAUUUUCAAUGGUGGAGACACAAUCGAGAAGUUCCGCCAGAUUGACAAUCUUACUGACUCAGAGAACGAGGAGAUGGACGUGUCGCAAUCUGACGACGAUGGACCACAACGACCUAGCAAGAGGCUGCGGUCUGGACCUUCAUGGUCUAAUCCUGAUCCUUAUACCGCUUUACCACCCGUGACAGAUGCUCCGAAGAAGAAACAAGACGUGGUCAAGUUGAUCCGAAAAUCACGCGUAACUCCGCCAGCACAGCCCGCAAACGCCGAGGCGACCAAUGGUGAAGACUUUAUCUCCCUUGACAUGGGUGGCAGUGUUUCAGACAACGACCCAGAUAUACGUAAGGACGUUCCUGAAAAUGCACCUACAGGUCCGAAGACUCAACCAGAAGAGGGUUCCACCCGUGUUGGUAAGCGAAAGCGUGAUGCGCCACGCCAAGUCAACAAGCUUCCCCCUCAAGCUAGGAAGGGUAGUCGACUUCAUCAAAAUGGUAUGAUUAUAGGAGGAUGGCAAGCUCGAAACCCGGACUCCCCAAUGCCCUGGUACCGACCCCCAAGUACAUCACACGUUCUGGCCGGCGUAGCACUACACCAAGAGAUCCUUGAUUUCUACGAGUGGGUGAGACCACAGGACUUCGAACAAGAGAUUCGAUUAGACGUCAUUACUCGGUUGCAGAAGAUGUUCUCCAGAAUUGAACCUGGCUGCCAACUUAAGCCCUUUGGCUCCUUUGCUGCAGGUUUGUAUCUACCAACCGGUGACAUGGACUUGGUCUUGAUGACACAUCCGUCUCGAUCAAGAUUUCCCCCGCAGCCCAAGAAUCUGCUCUUCUUCGUUCAUACUGUCCUACAAAAAGAAGGCAUCGCUGUUCCAGGAAGCCUGCAACCUAUAGCGAAGGCAAAAGUCCCCAUUAUUAAGUUUGUGGAUGCAAUCACAGGUUUGAAGGUCGAUCUCUCAUUUAACAACGACGCAGGCAUCAUUGCCAACAACACCUUCCAAGCAUGGAAACUCCAGUAUCCUGCUAUGCCGAUUCUAGUGUCAGUCAUGAAGCAGUACCUCCUGAUCCGUGGCCUGAAUGACGUGGCAUUCGGUGGACUUGGAGGCUUCUCCACUAUUUGCUUGGUGACGAGUUUGAUUCAGCACCAUAUCCGCCCAGGCCAAGUACCAAAUCUAGGCUACCUGCUGCUCAAUUUCUUCUAUUUCUAUGGUCAUGUCUUUAAUAAGCAGGAGAUAGCCAUCAGACUUGAACCACCAAGUUUUGUUCGCAAGGAUCAAUACACGCCUUUCCACUACAACUCUGACAGACCGAAUCGCCUUGCGAUUGUUGAUCCAAACAAAGCAGACAACAAUAUCUCUGGGGGAACUGCAGAGAUAGAUCUGAUUUUCAGAUGCUUCUCACAUGCUUACAGUCAACUGUCGGCACGAAUGGCAGAGCGACAGGAUACUGGAACGACAUCGAAGAGCUUAUUGGUUGAUCUUCUUGGUGGCGACUUUGAAGCCUACAGCCAGCAGAGAGAGCGGUUGAGAAGAAUCUAUUCCGAUCGGCUGGGUCAGAACAAGCAGCCACUGCCACCUACUGUAUCGCUCUCUGGUCCUCCGGGUGUUGGGUUGCCAAAUAUUGCAACUGGAGGAAGGAAGCAGCCCGAUAUGUCACAACCCAAUGGCCGCGAGGUUUCUUCCGGUAAGGAUAAGCCAAAUACUCUGCCAAAGUUGACGAAAGCCCAACGACGUGAUCGUGCUGCCAAGGAUCGCGCUAGCAGACUCAAGACGUUAAGGCCAGACAUUGCUACCAAGGUUGGAGAGCGUGUGACAAUGGAGCACGCCAUGCAGUUAGGAGGAUACGAAAGUGCCCAGGAGAUGGACUUGGAUCUGGCGCAGAGAGCUCGAGGAAUGUCUCUCUGA